GUAGCGCCCAAGAUUUCGAAAGAAUUAUGAACACCUACAUUGCUAUAUGAAAGCAAAUCCGGAAACGUAAUGUGUGCUUCUUGCAGAAUCGAAGACAUUUCGGCAAAAAGAUUUUAUGGUCUUAAUCCUGGCACAUUUCUUGGUUUAUGGAUUUUAGAAGGUAAACACUGACUCGUCUUUAUUUUUCUCUACAUCUGUGUCGUUUGACCUAUAUCGCUUUCACAAUGUUCAAUUUUACAAAGAAUGGCAACGUGGAAUUUUUAAAAACUUUGACUAACAGAGAUACUUAACUCGUUCGUGAAGAAAUUGGUAUUUUUACUGAAAAAAAGUUUUGUUUUUGCUCUUAACUUUCAAGCAUGCUUUUAAGUAGCUAAAACUUCUACUAUGUGAAAUAGCAUUAAAUAUUUCGUUGAAAACUUUUGAUUAGUUGCGUUUUGUUGCCAUUUUUCAAAAUCAUAUUAUCAAGUUAAUAAUCAUGUGAAGUUGUUGCAAAAAGAUCAGCUUUUUUGGAAGUGUUAAAUGACUUAAACAAAAACACUCAGCAAAGAGACAAAUCAAAGAAAAAAAAACUAAGAAUAAUACCAUGCCAUCAAUUUUAAAGAAAUGAAAACCAUCAGUUUGAUGUUAUCUGUUCUCGACAGCUCAAAAAAUGGCAAAACAUGCUCUUGUUACAUUAGCUGCUUUAAUCAUUGCCACGUUGUGUUUCGUAACUCCUCUUAUUCUAAAAUAUCACAUCUACAAACCGAACACUAUAAGUGUGGCCUCAGGGGAUAUAGUCCCUGUAGGAGAGGAAAUUUCAUCUGUGUGGUGCCAAGGUGUGGAACUGUCCUCGAAGUCUAAUUUCCAAUCAUUCCUUUAUGAAAUUGAGCCUGGUGUUGUCACAAAUGAGUUCCAGAGAACUGUAACGACUCAUAAAAUUGUGCUUCCCGACAAGUCCCAAGAAUAUUGGAGGUUUCAUCUACUGAGGGGUUCACAAGUUAGCAUUGAUUCUUGUGUACGAUUGUUUGCUGGAGGUCUGACUGUGGUUAAGGGUCAUCAAGGACUUCAUAAGUGCCUAAAAGAACAUAGGUAUCAUAUCGAGAGAGAAGACAUCAGUGGAGAAGAUAGCCAAUCAGAAUCGGAAUCUGACGACGUGACAUCAUCGAUAUCCAGCAGCCAGGGGGCUAUUUCCAACGAAACGGAUCGGAUUUAUGUGUGCAAGAACGCUUUGAACCACGUUACUCUGCCAACAUCCUAUAGGUGCAACUCAUUGCUUGGCAGCUUGGCGAGAAAACAUAUCCUUGAUCAAUACAUCGAAGAAACUGGUUAUUAUUACUACAUCUUUGCUUCUGACACUUACUUAAACAUUAUACCCAACGAGUUUUCAAUUCAGUUCCAAGUAGAUAGGACUCAUUACAAUUACAGCGCCAGUACUGACAAUUGCACAAGUACUAAUCUCUGUAGCUUAUCAAUCCCACUAGCAUCAGAUCAUAAAAUUAUUAUGCAAAUGGAUUCUGAAAAUGGAACAUUAAGUGCUGAGAAAUUGAAAAUUUCAUGCAAGCCAAGAGAAUGGUUAUUUUGUUUAUUCUAUGCGGGAUUUUUGAUUACCAUUUUCUUGUGCGCAUUCCAAUGAGCUACGGAAAUAUAAAAAUGCUUGCAUAGACAGUCUCUUAUUUCUGCAUUCAAAACAUAGUGCCAAAAAAAAACAUUUAAGACUUUAGUAUGGUUGUCAUGCUUUCGAAAUUGUGACCUUUUUUCUUUUAGGAAAAACAUCAGUUAUGGUUCUGGAAAGUUGUCGUUUUUUUAAAAAUAUUUUUGUUGCUAUCCGGGGGGAGUCUUUUCAACUGGUGAUGGAAAUUUCGGUGACUUUUGAAAUUGUGCCCAAAAACUAGCAAUAUGUGAAGCCUUUCCAAAAUUUGCUCAAAAAUAUAUGUGUAAUAAAAUCAGUG